AUGGAUCCCGUUACCAUUUUCGGAGCGGUAGCUGGAGGUGUCCAGCUGUUGGAUGCAUCAAUCAAAACCUCCAAGAAGUGUCGUUCGCUGAUCAGCACCUUUCGCCACGCCGAAGAGUUCGUUGAGCAUCUGGAUCGAGCAAUGAAGGAAGCCGAAGGCCUCAUGGCUGACCUACAAAUAUUUGCAAUGGCUGCUCAGAAAAUCCCCCAGGAUCAAUUAAAUCAAUAUGGCCAUGUCCUAACAAGUUCCCUUGGCCAAAUCGCAUGGAAUUAUUCGAACGAUUUAAAGUGUCUAGCAAAACUGCUGCCUUCGCCCUCUUCUAUCAACUUCAAGGAGAAGUUCAGCUUCUGUCGGGACCAAAAGGCGAUCAACAAUAUCAUACUUCGACUAGAGCAACGAAAGAUUGCAGCCACUUUGGCGCUGGGGGUGCUUGGCCGAGUCAAAGACUUGAAAAAUCAUGCUAUAAGUCUAGAACUCGAAAAGAGCAUGCGAGAAUUGUCUUUGGAACAGUCACGUUUAUCGGAAGAGUUCACGAGGUCUGUGAUUGCUGGCACAGAGCAAGGUAGAAAGACCGCAUCAACACUUCUCCAAAUCCAGAGAGAUGUGGAACUACGUAGCACAGAACUCCAAACCUCUCUUGCCUCCAUGGAAACAAUAGCAGCAACUCGCUACAGUCAGCUCGCCACCAAGUCACAGGUUACAACGAUCGCAGCCAGCAGUGUGAAUCAACUUGGAAAAAUUGUCAGGUUGGAACUGAAGAGACAGUUCGAGCCGUUGAAAAGUCGAUUGGACAUUACUGAUAAGAUGAUCGACGAGCUUGCUACAGAAGUUGCCACUCAUUCACACGACCAAAAAGUUUUCGAAAGCCAGAAGCCUGAACAAGGGACUCAAGAGCAUUUACCAGACCAAAGUUUGGAGAAUGUGAAUUUCGGCAGCUCUGGCCAUUCAUACAUUAUGAUGGGAAACCCAAAAGUUUCCCCAUCUCGAAGGAAAGUAAUACUGUCCACCUAUGCAUGCUCUCGAUAUAUUGGGUUUGGAACCUUAGACAUUGUCAUCGCUACGUACCGAACCAAGACAUCACCUAUACAAUCUUCUCAACCCUAUUUUCGACUGAAAAUUGACUUCACACCCAGUCCAUGGCUAUUUUCCCGCGGAUUAUCCCUACUGUAUUCUUCUGAGCCGAGCACGGAUGGGUAUUUCAACAUUUGCCCCAGACUAAGGGUAUUUGGCGUGAUAUGCGAUGAUUCGCCAAUUGACAACAUGAUUCAACAAGACGAUGUCAUCAGUUUUCGAAGAGCUCUUGAUAAUCAUGAGGUUGGGAUCUGGGACGUUAAUGACGGAAUGAAUCUUCUGCGGAUGGCGGUUUAUUCAAAUUCCAUAGGCAUCGCACACUAUCUUCUAAGCACAGAGUGCGCAGAGACUCUAUUAACUGAUGGCAAUUUAGCUUUCAGUGAAUGUGUUCAAGAGCUGUUGGCCUGCAUUCCAGACCUUGAAAUUGGCCACCAAUUCCUCUCUUCGAUGAGAAAUCUUUUUGAUCCCAAUGAUCAAGGAGAAUUGGAGGACUAUCAUUUAAUCUGGAACCACUUCUGGAGUAUGAAAAGAUCUCCAUUUUUCUUUUAUGCCUUCCGCGAACAUGCUCAAAGUCUGGAGGCGCGACAAUGUGUGACACUCUCUAAUGAAUAUGGGAUAUUCUUGCAGCCGGAACAUUUCCUUGGCCGUGCAUCUCAUGUUUAUGGCUUCCAUCAUUGCUUCGAUCAGGUUCAGUAUCUCAUGGCACUCUAUCUUGCGACAGACGGUAACCCGAAUCACAAGUUUGAUGACGGAUAUCCAUUACUCGUGCAGAUAUUCCGCCAAAUUGGUGGUUGCAUCUUCUGUCACUUUUCACAUAUUAUGACUUCUUCUAUAGCUCUGAUGCGUGGAAAGAAAAAGACAAUGACGAUUCAGAAAACUCUGCUGAUUCUUCAGAUUCAGGUAGCGACUGUUCUGAUGGACAGUCCCACUGUUCUGAUUGCAUUGGCCUGGACGCCGACGACGAAGAUAUUUGCUAUUGGUGUUGUCACCACCAUUCAUUGUUUAAGAUCGCAGCAGAUCUUCAUGUUCUGGACAUAUGGGAAGCUUCACUAA